AUGUCUGUGAUCACUUCACAUGAUGCAAAGCUGGAGACAGCUGAGCUGCUCUCACCAGAGUUCACCUCAGCUACAGAGAUGUGUGUACGUUUCUGGUACAUGUUGUCUGCAGAGGCCUCCAGCAAACUUUCUGUCCACGUGCUGAGGAGUGGGCAGCUUGGCGAUGCCCUUUGGCGUGGCUCUGGAUUCCCCUCUACAAACUGGGAGGUGGCUGAGGUCACUGUGUCCUCACCAGCACAUUUCUAUGUGGUAUUUCAUGUGCCCGGCACCAAUGGUACAGUAAAAAUAGAUGAUUUCUCUGUGCGGGAUGGGACUUGUGCUCCUCCUGCCAGUUGUGACUUUGAGUCUGGACAAUGCACCUGGGUCAACGUGGAAAAAGAAGGCGGACAUGAGUGGGUCUUGUCGCGUGGAGGAUCCCAUGGACCACCGACGGACCAUACCACUCAGACCUCAGAUGGUUUGUUUUUGUUGAGCUCAGCACUGCACCAGAGCCGGCACAGCGUGGCACAGAUUGUGUCUGAAUGGAUCCAACUCAAAGACAUCCCAUCUUGUCUCACGUUCUGGUAUCAUAUGGGCAGCAGUGAUUCUGGCACACUACGGUUAUUUGCACGUUCAGACCCUGUAGAGAAGACUCUGAUGUUUCACAGCAACAGCAGUGGCAGUAGCUGGACCAGAUUCUCUCAGUCAGUAGACAUGUCCAAACCUUUCCAGCUUUUGAUUGAGGCAGAAAGCACCAACAAAGGAUUUAUUGCCAUUGAUGACAUCAGUCUCACACAGGGUCUUUGUCCAGAAAAUGAAACGAGAGGAUUUGCGGGCUGUUCGUUUGAAAAUGGCACCUGUGCCUGGGAGGAUAUCAGUGUUGGCCAGGGUCAGUGGGUAAGACGAAGGAACGGCACAGGGAACACCGGACCCCCCGUUGACAACACACUCGGCACUGAGCUGGGUUGGUACAUGGGUUUGGAGGCUGAUCGUGGGGAAGAAAUAAGCCCUGCUGUGCUGCAAAGUCCAAUCAUGACGCAGGCCAGCUCCACCUGUACACUACACUUUUACUACAACAUGUAUGGAGAGGACUCGGAGCUUAGUGUGCUCCUAAAGGAGGGCUCCAGGACCACCACAUUGUGGUGGUUAGCUGGAUACAAUGGAGAUGUGUGGCACCACAGCGAGGUUGUGAUCGGCAGGACCCCCCAGGACUUCUCCCUUCUGUUCCAAGCCUCCGGUAACUUCGACAAACUAGGACACGUUGCUGUUGAUGACAUCGACUUCACCAACUGCUCCCUUCCUGAGCCACAGCUGUGGUGUUCUGAGGGUACAUUCACAUGCAACAACAGUGUAUGUGUUGACCCCAGCCGUGUGUGUGACUUCAGCGACGACUGUGGGGAUCGGUCUGAUGAGAUCAACUGUGAAAAACAAGGUGUGGUGGAGCGUUGCAGCUUUGAACAAGGCACAUGUUCUUGGGAGGACAGCGAUGUGGAUAAACCAGGAGGUGAGUGGAGGCGUCGCAGAGGAGAGGAAGGCUGGCCCGACCACGGCCCUCCGAGGGAUCACACCCAAAACACUGCUGCAGGUCAUUAUAUUACACCUGGGACUCAUCUGACUGAGAAGGGCCAGACAUCUGAGAUUCUUUCCAAGACAUUGUUACCGAGCUUUAACUGUACUGUGAGAUUCUUCUUCUUCAGCAUGAGUGAUGCUUCAGCUCAACUGAUGGCCCGGUCCAGAACACAGAUGUCUGGUACUGAUGACAAAAUGCUGUGGAUCAUGGAAAAAACCCACAGCUACAGUUGGCAGAGGGCAAAAGUCACCUUCUCCUCCUCGGUUAUUAGCAAGAUUGCUUUCAGGUAUGAGCUUCAGGGAGCUCAGAGAGGGAUUGUUGCACUUGAUGACGUCACUUUCUCCAAAGAAUGCAUUUUUGACCCAGAAAACAGCAAACUACCUGAAACAUCCCCCACCCAUUCCCCACAUACAUCCUCUAACACACCGCCAUUAACAACUGCACCCAUGAACCCUUGUCAGGAUAAUGAGUUUUUUUGCAGGAAGUCUGCUGGGAAAGUUUGUAUUCCUUCCACAUUACAGUGUGACUAUCAUCCAGACUGCCCAGAUGGAGAGGACGAGGCUGGCUGUGGCCCAUGUACAUUUGAGAAUGAUCAGUGCCUGUGGAGUGACGCAAGUGAUGGACCUGCUAAAUGGCAGAGACAGAAAGCCAGUAACAACACUGAACCCCCUACAGACCACACUACACAAACUGGCUUCUACAUGACAGUAAAGCUCAGUCUUGGGUCCACACAAGCAGAAGCCAAACUCCUAAGCCCUCCACUCCAACCUUCAUCCCCCUACUGCCAGCUUCUGUUUCACUUCCACAUCAGCCCGGGGAGUACUGGGUCACUCAGAGUGCUUAUGCAGCAAGCUGAGGGUGGUGAAGCAAUACUGUGGUCACGCAGUCACAACACUGUCUCCCACUGGACCUCAGAGCAUCUGCCAAUAGGGCUGUUUAAGCAACCGUCCAAGGUAUGGUUCAGCAGCAUAAGUAAAACAGCAGGGGCGAGCAGUGCUACUUGGGACCAUGUCGUUGCUGUAGAUGACAUCUCUUUUAUCAACUGUGAAACAUCCUAUGAGCCACCAGCCCUGUCUUCUUAUGGCUGUACAUUUGAAGAUGGCUUGUGUGUUUGGGUCCAGGGAGCCGAAGAUGAGUUGGACUGGCGCAGCGCCUCGGGUCCCACUGAAACCCCCAACACUGGACCUGCAGGAGACCACACCCAUGGGACAGGAAAGUAUCUUUACAUCGAGAGUUCCCAUCCAAGUGAGAAGGAAAACAAAGCCCAGUUAAUGUCGCUACUUCUGCCACCUGCUGGUCAAAAAGGAUACUGCUUCAGAUUUUGGUACCACAUGUUUGGGGCCACAGUGGGUUCAUUGAGGAUGUUUCUGAAAACAGCUGAUUCUUUGGACAAAACCCUGGUGUGGCAACAGUCAGGAAGCAAAGGGGAUGUGUGGUUGCUGGCUCAGAGCCAUGUGACCCUACAAAGAGUACACCAAGUGAUUCUGGAAGGGACGGUGGGGGGAGAGGCUGGUGACAUAGCCAUUGAUGACAUCUCACUUGUCUUUGGACCAUGCCCUGAUUCUGGUUUGUGUGAUUUUGAGGAGGACAGCUGCAACUGGCUGCAGACAUCAUCAGAUGACUUUGACUGGAUCAGACAUUCUGGCAGCACGCUCAACCCCAACACAGGCCCAGAGAGCGACCACACCACCAACACUCCCACGGGCCAUUACUACUACCUCCCAUCCUCCAUGGAUGACCAAGCUGGCCAAAAAGCUUUGAUGUUGUCACCUCUAUACCCUGAAAGUAAAGGAUCUUGUGUACAGCUGUGGUACCAUAUGUACGGGGAAGGAAUGGGCACACUGAAUGUUUAUCAGCAGAGUGAAGACGGGCAGGAGAUUCUGAUUUUCUCACAGGGAGGAGACCAGGGGCGGCUGUGGAGGUUAGCCCAGGCUUCGCUCCUUCCGCGGAUUCAGCCGUACAGAAUUGUGGUGGAAGGUGUGAAAGCUGGCCCGACCACGGAGGGAGACAUGGCCUUUGACGACGUGCAGCUGACAGAAGCCCAGUGCCCGCCUCAUGGCGUCUGUGACUUUGAGAACUCCUUCUGCAGCUGGACCAACCUGGGAGACGGAGUCGACCAGGGAGACUGGCUCCUCGGAGCAGGAGCCUCCCCAAACCCCAACACUGGACCGACUGUUGACCACACCACCAACUCUUCAUCUGGUCACUACAUAUAUGUGGACAGCUCAGUGGGUGAGUGGGGAGACGUGUCCUACCUCGUCAGUGACGUCUUCCAGCCAUCCUCAAGAGGACACUGUCUUACAUUUUGGUACCACAUGUAUGGCAGCCAUGUUGGGACUCUAAACAUCUACAUCAUUGACAGGUCUGAGAAAGUCAACAUCAAGCAGAAGCUUUGUUAAUUGAGCUGGUUGGUUUUUAUUUGAAGCUUCUCUGGUCUACAGGAAAAUUCACGUUGGAGGCAACGAGGAAGGAUAUUUGAAGUGGACUAAAACGGGGAACAAGGGAGACCAGUGGCUCCAAGACAGUGUGUCCGUUAAACAUGAAGAAGCAUUCUGGUUUGUGUUUGCGUAUCAGAAAGGAAUGAGUACAGGUGGAGACGUGGCUCUUGAUGAUAUCACAAUCCAUCCCAGCAGCUGCUACACUGAACCUCCCGUCCCUCCCUCAACAAAUAAUGAUGUACGGUCUGUCGGCCUUGCGGUUGGUCUGACUCUGCUGAUUGGAAUCAUCAUCUGCAUCUUCCUUUAUAUGCUGAACCGCAAACAGAAGAACCAGUCGGCAAUAUUUGAUAAUGAGUUGGACACGCCCAGCCCCACACAAUGUGUGAGUAAAAAUAUGUGGACUUCACACACUUUGUAUUAUAUUGUUUUGCAUAUUCAUCUAUUUUCUUUCAGGAGACACGGGGUGAAUUAGGGUAUGACUUCUCCUUCUUCAACAAACUCUAUGAGCCAUCACCGCACGCUAAUGAGGACUCGUCGGAUGCUUAGUCCACUUUUUACUUUACGCUGUCAUUACUUCUUUGAGAGUAUAAUAUAAAUAGUUUUUUUUUUUGUUUGUUUUUCUUGUUCAGUGUUUUUUUUUUUCAGUUUGAUGAAUUUUAAUUACAUUCCUCCUUCUAAGCUGCAAAUUCUGUUUUGCUUAAAAGCCUUUCCAUUGUUUGGAAAUGGAAGAUGUGUUAAUUGCCUUAUUAUAUCAGAAUGCAACACAGGUGACUUGGAAACAAUCCCUGCCUGUCACUGCAUAAAUAUUAACUGGACUGGCUGCCAUACACUGGAAACGGAUGACUAACCUGGAAACAUUUCACAUAAACAUGUAUUUGAUGCAUCUGACUUUUUUUGUAUAUAUGUUCAUUCCUCACUGCUGUUUCAAUAAUAGCAUUAUUUCUACACAUAAAAACAAUAAAGGGGCUGAAUAAUAUUUAUAUAGAAAAAGUUGCAAAACAUGCUGGUAUGUUUCACGUUAUGAUGUUCCAGCCACAAACUUCAGUGUUUGUAUGGGGAAUGUAUGUGAUAAGCCAACACAAAGUACAACAUAACAAUGAAACCAAAGGAAAAUUGUAAGCUUUUCAACAUUUGCUGAAAUAAAAAUCUAAAAAGUGUGGGAGGUAUUUUAUCCAGCUCUCUCUGGGUUAAUACUUAAAAUACAUUUAAUUGUAAUUAUAUCUCUUGAGGUUUGAGUUCUGUUUCUAGCAGGUUUGCAUGUAUAAAAACUGAAAUAUUUGCCAGUUCUUU